AUGUCUUCAGAAUAUGAUUCGAUCACUUUAAUAAUAUUAUCCCAGAAAUAUUUAUAUCAAUUUGGUGGUCUCAUUUUGAUUAUUAUUGGUACUUUAAGUUGUACAAUGAGUUUGAUAGUUUUCUCUCGAAAUAUUCUUCGUAAAAGCGCAUGUUCAACUUAUUUAAUAGCGUUGAAUAUUUCUAAUAUAAUAACAAUGUAUUUACCAUUUUUAAUAUUAGUAUUAGAUGCUGGUUAUAAUAUUCAUCCAACUUUGUAUAGUUUAAUCUUCUGCCGUUUCAAUCUUUACGUACAAUUCUUGUUCGAUAUAUUAUGUCCAUUUUAUAUGAUUUUAGCGUCAAUUGAUCGAGUAUUAAUUACAUCAUCUAAUGCUCGAACACGUCAACGCAGUACGCAUCAUUUUGCGUAUAUAUGUAUUAUUAGUGGAACUUUAUUUUGGAUGUUAUUUCAAACGCAUACGUUAAUUUUCGGGAGUAUUAUAGAAUAUGCACCAAAUUAUUUUCUUUGUUAUUUUCAAUCAGGUGCAUAUUUAGUAUUCAUAGCUUAUUAUGCAAUUCUAAUCAAAGCAAUUCUUGUUCCUUUAUUAUUAAUCACAUGUGGACUGUGGUCUGUAAAGAAUAUUCGAACUUUACGUCGUGUAAGAGUUGCUCCUGUUUUAUCAAUGAAUCGAAUUACAACUGCAACUGAUCCACAUCCUCUUCUUCGAGCAAGAGAUCGUCAACUUGUUCGAAUGCUUCUUAUUGAUAUUAUUAUUUAUAUAAUUUUUAACUGGGCCGUAUCAGUUUUUCUUAUGUAUCAACAAGCUACUCAAUACACUAUAAAAAGUUCUGUUCAAAAUCUAAUUGAGGUCUUUAUUGCUUCGGUUAGUACUUUUAGUAAUCACAUUCCAUUUUGUAUUGAAUGUUAUACCAAUUUAAUUGUAUCAAAAACAUUUCGAAAUGAAGUGAAAAAGGUACUUUUGUGCAAAUAA